GCCGCUCGGAGCUCCUGCACGGCAGAGAGCGCCGGGAACCCGAGGGGAGCGCGGCGUAGGAGUCCUGGCCCGUGGUCGUGCAGUCCAGGUGGCUGGAUGGCAUGCUGGACCCAAGCUCAGCGCAGCGUCCGGGCCCAAUAACGGCUUUUCCAAGGAAGCAGCUUUCCGUCCUGGCCACACUGAGGUGCAUAGCGUAAUGUCCAUGUUGUUCUACACUCUGAUCACAGCUUUCCUGAUCGGCACCCAGGCAGAACCGCAGGCAGAGAGCAAUGUCCCAGCAGGGCACGCCAUCCCCCAGGCCCACUGGACUGACCUCCAGCAUUCCUUUGACACAGCCCUCCGCAGAGCCCGCAGUGCCCCAGCCCGGGCGAUAGCUGCCAGGGUGGCAGGGCAGACCCGCAACAUCACAGUAGACCCCAAACUUUUUAAGAAACGGCGACUGCGUUCACCUCGUGUGCUGUUUAGCACCCAGCCCCCGCCAGUCGCUGCGGACACCCAGCAUCUGGACUUUGAGGCCAGUGGUGCGGCCUCCUUCAACAGGACUCACAGGAGCAAGCGAUCCACAUCCCAUCCCAUCUUCCACAGAGGGGAGUUCUCCGUGUGCGACAGCAUCAGCGUGUGGGUGGGGGACAAGACCACGGCCACGGACAUCAAGGGCAAGGAGGUGAUGGUGUUGGGAGAGGUGAACAUUAACAAUAGUGUGUUCAAACAGUACUUUUUUGAGACCAAGUGCCGGGCCCCCAAUCCCGUGGACAGCGGGUGCCGGGGCAUUGAUGCCAAGCACUGGAACUCGUAUUGCACCACGACACACACUUUCGUCAAGGCGCUGACCAUGGACGACAAGCAGGCUGCCUGGCGGUUUAUCCGGAUAGACACGGCCUGCGUGUGUGUGCUGAGCAGGAAGACUGGGAGGCGAGCCUGA